AUGGCAAAUUCCAACCUGAAUCCUACAUCAAAGACUGCAGGCGCCACAAUGCUGAAGGAGAAUCUGUCCGUUGGUCCAUCGCAAGAGUUCAGGGCAGACGCUGCUUCGAUGGAGUCUCACACGUUUGGGAAAUGGGACUACGCAGUGUUUGGCGUCAUGGUCGCCGCCUCAGUGAGCAUCGGUAUAUACCACGCCAUAGUCGGCCGACAUGGUAAACUGGAUGAGUACCUGCUGGCUGGACGCUCAAUGACCUUCUUCCCCGUCGCGAUGUCGUUGAUUGCAACGUUCACGUCGACCAUUACCAUGCUUGGAGCUUCAGCAGAGUCAUAUAACAAUGGCAUCAUGUGGAUUCUCAAUGACAUAGCGCUUUGCGUGGGAAAACUUCUAGAAAUGUACCUCCUACUUGAUCUUCUGAAGAGACUGAACAUAUCAAGCCCAUUUCAGUAUAUCGAGGGACGCUUCAAGUCCAGAGUACUUAGUCUCAUCAUGACGGGAGCGUCUUGCUUCGAAAAUGUCUUUUACAUGAGCAUCAUCUUGUUUGGACAUGCAAUAGCACUGCAGGCUGUGACAGGGUUCUCUACAUUGGGAUCAAUCUUAGCGACGGCAGUGGCAGUUGUUCUCUACACAGCUAUUGGUGGCCUGAAAGCGGUGAUAUGGACAGAUGUUCUCCAGUACAUCAUUAUGUUUGCUGGGAUACUUGCGGUAAUGAUAAAGGGAACAUUGAGAUGUGACCCUGACCCCACCAUCAGACACACCGUGUGGAACGUGGGAGUUGCGAGAGUGUUUACUGGAUUGGGAGCGAUGCUGUUUGGGUUAAUCUGUGGCCCUAUGUUUGGAGCUCUUUGCAUCAUCAGUGGUCUUGUGGCAUAUGGUUACUAUGAUUACAAGAGAUGCGACCCUAUAGCCUCCAAUCAGAUCGACAAUGUUAAUCAGAUAUUACCUUUCUUGACACUAGACAUAUUCCGGAACCUGCCAGGAAUGGCGGGACUAUUUCUUGCAGCGCUGUACAGUGCGUCUCUCAGCUCAUUAUCAUCAGGACUCUCAGCCCUUGCGAACAUAACAUGGGAGGAAUUUGUAAGACCGCGUUUUCCUGAAAUGUUAGAGUCUAAACAAAUUGCAGUCGCCAAAUUAUCAGGCGUUGAUGCUUCAGGUGGAAACAAGGAUGGAGUUAACCCUAUCUACGUGAGAAAGUUCUACAGGAGGCGCCAACAGGAAGAAGAGCAUGUGAUGACUGAAGAAAGUUUACCCACACAUCAGAUAUCCUGA